AAAAAAUCUAAGCCCUAUUUGUUACACAAUUAAGGUAAUUACUAAUUAUUGGGUCUUAAUUACUUUCUCGGGAAAAUCACCAUUUGUCCGGGAAAAGUGGAAGAUUGUAAGACUUAAAGAAAUCCUUUAAGGGGUCUUCGUAUUGCUUAUAGCCACAUAUAGCUGGUGAAGUGGUACUAGUGGGAAAUGGCAGGGAGGCAGAUAAUGAUGGAAGUUGGGGAGAAGAAGAAUGUUGGCAGUUCAACCAAGGGCGAGGAUGGUAGCGAUGGCGUCGUUGUGGAAUUGAUGGGAGUGAUUGAGACCGUUGGAUCGUACUCGGGGUUUCGGAAAACACACAGGAAGGAGUGCGUGAACUUGGUGAGAAGGCUGAAGCUUUUGGUACCACUUCUGGAAGAGAUGAAAGAAUUGGACAUAGUCAUGAUCAUUUCUGCAACAAAGGCUUUGAAUUCUCUGGUUAAUCUGAAAAAUGGACUUUCUUCAGCUAAGAAGUUGCUGAAGAAUUGCAGCUCUGGAAGCAAGAUUUACUUGACGCUGGAAAGUGAGGCAGUGAUGGGAAGAUUUCAUGCAGUUUAUGAUAAAUUAAGCCAGGCUUUGGAUGAUAUGCCAUACAAUGAGCUGGGGAUCUCAAUCGAAGUCAGAGAGCAAGUCGAGCUAAUGCGAAUGCAGCUCAAACGGGCAAAGAAACGCGCUGACACACAGGACAUAGAGCUGGCAAUGGACAUGAUGGUCGUGUUCUCUAAGAAAAAGGAAGGCAGGAAUGCAGACAGUGCAAUUCUGGAGAGGCUUGCCAAUAAGCUGGAACUUCAUUCCAUUGCAGACUUGGAGGAGGAAACCGUGGCGGUUAGAAAACUUGCUAAGAGGAGAUCGGCAAGGCAUAAUGCUGAAAGCAUUCAACAAAUCACUGAUCUUCUGGGAAAGUUCAAGGAAAUUGCAGGGAUUUAUGAGGAUUUCUUGCUCGAUGGUCCUGUUUCGACUAGAAGUCUAAGGAGGUGCCAGUCUUUGAUGAUUCCUCAUGAAUUCCUCUGUCCAAUUACUUUGGAGAUCAUGACUGAUCCUGUCAUUGUCGCAAGUGGACAGACUUAUGAUAGAGCAAGUAUACAAAAGUGGCUGGAUUCGAAUCAUCGCACCUGCCCAAAGACAGGACAAAAGUUGGAUCACUUAUCCCUAGCGCCAAAUUUCGCCCUCAACAACCUAAUCCGUCAAUGGUGUGAGAAGAAUAAUUAUGAACUUCCCAAGAAGGAUCCCUGCGCAGGUUCGGAUGGCUCUUCUGCUGAAAUCAUAGAGGAAGUAUCUUACUUAGUCCAAAAUCUGUCUUCAUGUCAGCUGGAUGUUUUGAAAGAAGCCAUUUAUAAAAUCCGAAUGCUCUCUAAGGAGAAUCCGGAGAACAGAAUUUUGAUUGCUAACAGUGGAGGAAUACCGCAGUUGAUUAAGCUCCUUUCAUAUCCGGAUUCAAAGAUUCAAGAACACACUGUGACAGCGCUUUUAAAUUUGUCGAUUGAUGAGGCGAACAAAAGGCUCAUUGCCAGAGAAGGGUCUAUUCCUGGUAUAAUUGAAAUCCUGCAGCAUGGAACAGAUGAAGCUAGAGAGAAUUCUGCUGCUGCAUUGUUUAGUUUAUCGAUGCUUGACGAAAACAAAGUACUGGUGGGGGCUUUGAAUGGAAUUCCUCCCUUGGUAGAUCUUCUGCAAAACGGAACAGUCCGUGGAAAAAAGGAUGCUGCCACUGCACUAUUCAACUUGUCUUUAAACCAAGCCAACAAGUCUAGAGCCAUCAACGCCGGCCUAAUACCGCCACUGCUUCAUUUGCUUGAGGAUAAGAACUUGGGCAUGACGGAUGAAGCCCUCUCGAUUUUGUUACUCCUUGCAUCACACCCCGAGGGUCGAAAUGAAAUAGGCCGGCUGUCUUUCAUUGAAACCCUGGUCAGGAUUAUCAAGAACGGGACACCCAAGAACAAGGAAUGCGCUGCAUCAGUUCUUCUGGUGCUGGGAUUGAACAAUUCGUCUUUCAUUUUGGCUGCACUUCAGUAUGGUGUUUAUGAGCAUCUGGUGGAGCUGGCUAAAAGUGGAACCAACAGAGGUCAAAGGAAAGCAAAUUCCCUUUUGCAGCACAUGAGUAAAUGUGAGCACAUACCCUAACAGAGUUGUUGAUUAUUCUUUAUGUAGUAUAGAUUGUAUCAUGCUGAAGAGUUGUUGAUUUUAUUGAGUGAAAUAUAUAUUUACGUACAGACUCUUGGACUGUUUA